AUGUCACUUGAGGAUAAUGCAAAUGGCGGCCGUUGUUAUUGUCUCGUAGCGUUUUAUCACUUUGUCCAUUAUUAUGUCGGAUUUUUCAAAGUUUAUCAUUGAAAUGGCGUGAGUUUGUCGAUGGUUAUAAUUUUUGUGCAAGUUGAGUGUUAUAUUGAAGUGUAGUGCAAUGGUGUUAUGUUUUGAAAGACGUAUUUAAUGGAUACUCAAAAAACUGAUAUCAUUGACUUUCGGAUGCAGUGCUCUGGCUGGGCUCAUCAUUAGGGGGAUGAAGCUCUUCAACUGAGAUGGCAGCAGAUAGUGAUGGAGGCGUAAUACAACUGCAGCAGAAUCUUGUUGAGACGGUUAUAACGUGUGAAGGAGAUCUCAAAGAUCCGUUGUUCCCUCACAAGUUCAAGAAGAUCCUUCACAAGCUGCGACUCUUACUGUGUAAAGGUAACGAAGAAUCAUUACGAGUGGCGAAAGUGGAGCCAUGGAAUUCGGUGCGAGUCACGUUCACGAUUCCACGCGAGGCGGCUUCCCGGUUGCGGCAGCUUGCGCAACAGGGGGAUGCAGCUCUCGCUCAUCUCGGAAUCCUCUCUGUACAGGUCGAAGGCGAUCAGCUGAUCUCAUUGAGAAUAGCCGGUCGCAUGGGGGAAGCACAGGAGAUAGUGCUGAGGACUGGAGCAGCUGGAGAAGCAAGUACAAGUGUUGCGAGUGCCAGUGCCAGCACUCCACCUCAGACCUCCUCUUCAUCGUCGCAUUUCUGCAGCCCAAAUGUGGUUGCUCCAUCCGACGGCGACCCGAUUCCUCCCUUUCCUUUGAAGCCAUCAACAAAUCCAACCUCAUCAACGUUUCCCUUCGCCAGCAUGACUCAUGCGGCAACUGCUAUCCACAGCAGGGAAUCUCAGUCACAUCUACUACCACCUCCAUAUCCUGUUGUUGAAUCUGGUGGCAGCAACGUGGGAGCAAAUGUAGCGUUGAGUUCACCGCUACUGGUCAAUCUGUUGCAGAAUGAUGGCACACCGGUGCCACAAAAACAGUCACCACCGCUACCACCACCUCAACCACCAACACCACAAGUGGCCACUGUCACCUCUGCUGCGUUGAAAGCACAACUGCUACAACAACAUCAGAACAGCGCAUCCGCGUUUGUUACACUGAAUACUGCACGCAGUGAUCCCAACUCGGUUUCAUCUCAAACGCCGCAAGUGAUAUUGCACGGCCACGGCACACAACAGCAGAUGACAUCCGCUUUUACAGCGGUCAAAAGUAUACAAGGAACUGUAUCAACUGCUAGUGGUCCAUCAAUUCCUGGCGCUAGUAAUCUGUAUCAUCCACAACAUCAGCGUCCUGUCACGCCAAACCUGAUAGCGACACAGUUCGCUUCAAAUCGUAUCAUAACGGGCGCAUCCCUUCGACAAGUGACACCUUCUGCAGCUGCAGUUGCUUCGACUUGCAUGCAGAGGCAAGCAGGCACCACCACAACUGUCAGGUAUCCCACUUCUCAGCCAGCAGCCGCUAUAUUCCAACAGCAAGUCAAUCAAGCACAAAUCAUCAAGGUACAACAGCAGCAACAACAGCUGGUGAGAACAGCAGCUCUGGGUAGCAGCAAUACUCAGAGAAUUAUGGUUGCAGGUAACACCCAACAAAACAACAUUCUCACUUCCUCUCCAUCUCUACUACACCAGUCUCAGCAAACUGUAGUUCAACAACAUUUCACUAUGGCCCGACCGCAACAGCUACCAUCAGCUGUCAAUGUUCCAAGUUUGGCCCCGACCAGUAAUAGAAACAUUUUCGUGCCAGGCGCAAGACCUAUUGUUACUAAUUCUAUAAUGGCUGGACCAGCAAGUGAUUCUCAUCUCCAACAGAAAUGUGGUGCAGGGAUGCCACAGAAUGUUGCACCUCCUACUUUCAAUUGUAGGGGGCCCCAAGUCAAACCUUCUCUCACACCGAUUAUGAGAAGUGAUGGCGAUGCGUCUGCAACCAGUCUUCAGACCAAUUGCAACCAUUUACCAACUACCGGUACAAAUAGUGUGGCACCUCCCACUACUUCUAUUCCACAAGGCUCAGUAACAACAGUAGCUCAACCUACCAGCUCCAUUGCCAACUCAACGGUCAAUUCACCUACUGACGUGAAAACCGUCGUUGACAAGUCGUCUUCGAUAUCGGAUGACAACAAAUGUAACGAUAAAUCACCGUCACCCCCACCAAGCUUAACAUCGACUGGUAAGCGACGUCAGUAUCUGAUAAAUCCGUUGACAGGCCAUCUAGAACCGGUGCCUAGCGAAAGUGAAUCUUCAGACAGUGAACACGAUCCCAGUGAUGCAGUACCAAAUUCUUCGACACCUGGAGAUGAUCCAUUCUUUUUACCGUCACCAUCCAACGAUCGGUCAAAUUCGGUUUUCUCGGAUGAUGACGAUGAUGUGAGCUCGAUUGUUUCACGUCGUGCGGACACAACUACCACCACAGAUCAAUCAGAUUCUGAAGCAACAGUUCGCUCAAACAACAGUGACUCGUCAGUAGUUCGCAAGUUGAUCAAUCCAAACUCAGCUGCGGCUGCCGCCGAAAAGAUCAAAUUGAGGCUGAAACUUGAAAAGAACGAGCCUUACAAAUUGGAAGCGCCUUUCUUGAAUACCUGUACGACUACAUCAACAACUACAACAGUUCAAACAGUGCAAAAGAAAAUUGAAAAGGUGCGAAUGUUUGGUCCAGUUCCUACUGAUGUAACACCUGCAAUCAAUGCGUUGCCAAUAUCUGCUGCUACCUCCAUGUUCAAUACUGUCUGCAGCACGGGCAACAGUUUAACCACCACUGUUGCUACAUGCAAUUCUUCUGAACCACCUCGAGUACCUCCACUGCAUAUAUCUUUGAGGGGACGUAAUGCAGCUGUUGUUGUCAACUCAAGAAAAGAUAAGAAGUGGCUAUCUGCAACAGCAUUGUUGAAGGAAGGUAAAAAAACUGGUAUCAAUAAAGUGAAGCUGAAGGUAAGAGAUGAUGGUAACGGUAACCUGUCAAUGGUUACAUCUCCAAGCUUAGUGGAUGCGACGGAUGUAAUGAAGAAGUUUGAAAGUGAGAGUGCUUUAGCGAGCAUACGUUGUUUGGACCCAACAAGGACGACGCCCACCGAGGGACCUACUCUUCCUCUCAAGUGCAAAACCUACCCUACCCCAACAUCCACGGCGCGAACCGUCGGCACAUCAACUCCAGCUGCUACCUCUACCAAUAUUGCCGAGCCGACGUUCCAUCGAGAGCUUGAGGACAACUCGAUCAACUCUAGGAUUCUGGAGAUUGGCGAGAUUCCAGCAACACCACAAGUCAGAACAACAUUCCCAACCGAAGCUGAGGUCGCGUCGAUCCUGAGGUCCAUGGUGCCGGCUGACAACCAUCACAAGCUCAGCUUGAGCGGCCCUGGAAAGGUGAAGAAGCGGGACUCGAAGAAGAAAGUGUAUCCAAGAGAGCGCACUGUGGUCACUGGUGGAGGAGGAGGGGGAGUGGCUCCCCUGCUGAAAAAUGCGGUGAAAACGGCGGCAAAGGAGGCACGAAUGCUCACCCGACCUCCCCAAAACCCCCUGCCACAGCCGCAGUCUCAAACCCCUCAAUCUCAGGAUCCAAAUCACUCAGGUGUACCGCAGGGUUUGAUGGCGGUUACGAAGCAGACCACUCCUCACCCAAGCCCACAGCAGAUGCGAGUUGUAGCGCAGGAUGUUGCAUCUUUCCGACACAAAGCCAAUUGUGUUUCUGAUCUUAUCUCUAAGAAGGCUCUGAACGACUUCUCAGUUGCACUGAACCGGAAAACUCCGUUGAAAGAUAGUGCGCGGGGUGUGGAAGCAAAGACGGGCGGCGGAAAGCGUCCACGCAGCGACCACGACAGGACGGCCGCCGCGCUGGCAGUCACUGUGGCCAGGGCAAGUCUGCCGGUCAGCGAACUCGACAUGAGCGAGAAGAAACUGAAGCAGCGCUUGCUGGAGGAUGACGUCACAAGUGUGAAGCCGCACCGCGAGAACAACGUCAUCAAGAACGAGAAUGUGCUGGUGGUGACUGGUGGAGGAGAGUCGCCGGCCGGCGGCAGUGCUAACACUCAGGGCGAGGACUCUGGCAUCGAGUCGAUGGACGCAUUAUCGGAGAAGUCGCCCAACCAGGGAGAGAGUCCUUGUCACAAGGAGGAAGCUGCUGCCACUACGACCGCUACUAAAAUUGUGCCUUCUAGCGAAGCGGCAGCUGAUAGUGUCAAGGUUACUGAUAACAAACUCAACAAUCAUGUGAUCAACGAAGAGUGCUCGGAUGAUUCGUCGAAAAAUGUGGAAAGAACAAAGUGCAAUGUGAAUGCCACUAACUUCAUGUCGAAUAGCAAUCGCGAUGAUGAUGAAGAUCAUAAUGAUAGGGCGCGUGGUAGGGAUGUCAAGUACGGUGAAUCUGGUUGUGUGCGAAUAUCGUCGACCGAUACAACUGAUAACAACGGUGGUAAAGGCAAUGCUGCAAAGAACGACUUGGCAGCCGAGCCCUCUAGUUCCUCAUCUCGCAGCUGUGCUCAAAGUGAUGAGGUGUCUGGUUUGUUGACUACUUGUCCAACUGCCAGUAGCACAAAUGUCUCUAAAGACACAGACAAGCCAAAUCCCACUCUUACUAAUGACAAUACCUCGAGUGAUGUUAGUAAAACAGUUGAUGUGUCCAAACCAACCUCGUUGCAGAUUAAUAGUGUUACCAUCACAAAAAAUACGUCGACGGAUACAAAGAAAGCGUCAACAGAUGUUUCUGUUUCUGUUUCUGGUUCGGGUAGUAGUAGUGAUCAAAACUCUAGAACAUCAAGCAAAGCUAGCGAUUCUAGCAACUUGCUGUUGAACGUGUGUAGUACGAACAAUGGUACAUCAAAAGACGAUGUAGGUACAACCAAUGUUUCGAAAAGUACAAUCAGUAAUACUACCAGCUCCAGUGUAUCGGAUAAUGUUAGUGAAACAGUGAAGAAAACUGCGAAACCAACAACGGAAACUUCGAAAACAGAUAAAAGCAAGCCUUCGACGUCAUCCAAGUCUGUGAUCAGUAGCGAUAAGACUAGUAGUAGUAGUUCGGACACAGUGAUUCAGAAAAGUAGUUUAAAUAGUAGUAAUCGUAAAAGCGAAAAGUUGAAUGAGGCGAGUGUAGUAUUGGAUAUGUUGGGGUCACCGAAUCUGGACGACCCGCAACCCAUCAGGAUAACACCAGCGCUGUAUACAUACUCGAAUCCGGAGAAGCAUCGCGGUGAUUCUCCUUCCCCCUCCCCAUCUCAAUCACCUUCUCCUUCCCCUCCUGCGCUGCGUCACCUCCGCACCCGCAACACUCCCAUUCAUCCGCGCGCUAAGAGAAAGCGGACGACUACCGCUACCGCUGCCUCUACAGCUACCUCUACCGCAACCUCUACCGCAACCUCUACCGCAACCUCUACCGCAACCUCUACCGCAACCUCUACCGCAACCUCAACCGCAACCGCUAACGCAACCACCACUAACACCACAACAACCACCACCACCACCACAACCUCCACCACAACCUCCACCUCCACCUCCACCACCACCACAACCGCAACAGCAACAGCAACCACGGAAACGGCCACCGUCACCACCGAGGCACCACAAGCCACAGCCACCUGCGAAACGGCCACAGCCACUCGCACCUCUAGAUCUUCUUCCACAUCUAGUGGCACCACGCAAAAGUCUCUGCUGGAACAACUGCUGAUCGAGAUUCCUCCCGAACCAGGUCUGGAUGCCAGGCGCACCGGUAUCAGCAGAAACACCAGAUCUCAGCAACAGAGACUAGGCAAUCCAAGUCCAAGUCCCAGUGGGAACACAUUGACGCCCCCUUCGCAAGGCUCCCGAGGCUCAGGUCAUACGCCCGGUGCCAACAAACGACCACGUAGAGGCUCAGAAAGUUCCAAUGCUUCACAAUGCAAUGAUGAGACCCCUCCUUCCAGGCCUAGUAAACGAAAGUGUUCAGAGAACGCUGCCGAAUUGAUAAAAGUGUGCAUGGGACUCGAUGCUUCACACUCCUCUUCGUCUACCUCUUCGACGCACGAUGCUGGCAAGAAAGAGAGCUCCGACCACAGCACAAGCAGCAAUGGAUUGACGCCCAAUGAGCCUCGACCCAACCGUCGGGCAAGUGCCAGAUCACCUAGUGCCAGUUCGGUGUCACCUGGAGCUAGUGCAAGUGCAAGCGCCGCUAACUCUAAGCUACGUACUAAAGUAAACUCAACAUCGACAAUUGAACUUGAUAGCUCGGACGACGAGCCGCUAAUCGAGAUGGCCGCCCGUGCUUCGGAGCGAGAGAGAGAACGUGUGAGAUCACAGGCGAACUCCAACCCUCAGCCCAACCAACAGACCAAUCACCAUGGUCGACUAGCUGCAAACAACAACAACAACAACAAUAAUAAUAACAAUAACAACAACAAUAACAGCAUUAAAAACAGUCAUAACGAAGUGGAUACUCAUGCGACUCAUACAAAUACCAAAGGAAACAACGCGAUCGCAAGAAAUGCGACGGUUGGAGCAGCUGGAACAGGGGGUGGGGGUAGUCAGACCUCGAAGGGCGCUAGACGCUCAGGCCGACAGACCAAGGCUGACCAGGGUGGUCAAGGGGCUGCAGAGGGGGGAACCACCACCCUCGUGUCCGGAGUGGGCAUCGUCAGGCCAGCCAAUCCCACUGAAGAGGUCAACACCAGGCGUAAAACCAGGAGUGGAGCUAUUAGUGUGGCUAUAGUGGAGGCGGCAACUACGGCGGUGGAUGGAGGCGGCAGUGGAGGCGGUAGCAGCAAGUCACGGCGCCGCGCCUCCCGCGACAGCAAAUGACCCUUGCCUCCGCCCCCGGCUGCUCGGAAACCCUCCAAACCAACCACCAAAAAGAACUCGGACGAAAACAAAUGUGCUACAGACACUUGUAAAUUGCGUGAAAAGUUGAAAGUGGACAGUCGAGCGGAAACUCCCAAAAGAAAGCAUGCUUCUUCAACCGUCGUUGGAAAGGAACAUAAUUCUUCCAACAACUCUGAAUCACCGGCGAAGAAAUCUUAUAUGUGUGACACUAGCAGAAGCAGUGCAAGCUGUAAAAACAGAAAUACUGCACGCUCUAAAAAAGCUGCUAUAACUGUAGAAGAUGCUAAAGUUUCAAACUCUUCAGAUCCGAAUGUUAGUGUCGGAAGUAAAAACGUUGUUAAAACUCAAUUCGAUUCAAAAGUAAUUGAGAAUGCAACUAAAGCCUCGGAUAAUAAGAAAAACGUUGAUAAAGGGACAGACGUCCCAAACAUCUUUCCCCUGUUCCAUUGUGAAUCUUUCUCUGAAAUCGAUGACGAGCAGGCAAAGCUGUGUGAAUCGCUUUUAAAGUGUCACGAAAUAUUCCCCCCGGAUGAUCAAUCUUUCUUCGACGACGACGACAAUGUUCUGAGUCAUUUCAAAAAGCCGACCACUGUAUCAAGUUCCAAGUCAAAUUCAAAUUCUCUCCCAGCCGAAAAAGUCUCUAAAUCUACUAAACGGUUCAAAAACGUUUCCAAGAGUGUUAACGUUGAAGGUUCUAAAAAUCGAAAAUCCAACACAGAAUCGGCAAAGAAUGUAAAAAAAUGCGCGAAAAAAGUCAGUUCGAAAUCUACGGGUACCAACAGUGCAAGUCACAAAACUGCAACUGUUAAACAGGUCAAUACAGAUCCAAUGCGGUCUAGAAACAGAGUUUUACAUAGCCGCAAAUCCACGUAUGUUGAAAAGAGCAAGGUGAAUGUGGAAACACUUGUAAAUAACACGGUAGGCGUCAGCAAGUUCAAUAGUUACCCCUCGAAAAAUGAUGCAUUCUGUAAACCGCAGUGUGGAUCAACUAAUUUGAAAUCGGAAACAACCGAUAAGAAAGCAUCAACAGCAGCUGCAGGUUCAGCAUCCUCUUUGCUGUGGUGUGGAGCAUCAUGCUAAUUAUGAACGUCAUUUCAUUUGAUCAUUAGUUAUAAUCAUCAAUUGGGAUUUUACUUUCAUCCUAUUAUUCUUCGAUGUUGUUAGACAGCUGUGUUUAAUAUAUUAGCUUUUGGUAUCGGUAAACGGUAAUGUUACCAAAAACAAAUAUUUAUUCUGUUUAAUCGUCGCUUGUUUGAUUAAUGCAGUACAGUAUUAGUUUCUCCAUAUUAUUUUUAUACAUUUUCUUUGUUCACUGUAGAAAUGGGUUUCUAAGUGUGAAUUUCUCAAUCGCAAAGUUGACGUUUCCCAGAAGAAGGGAAGAAAAGUUAUUAACUAUUAAUUUUCUCCAUUUAAAAAUAAUCCAUCAUCUGGUCUCAACUUUCAAGUCAAUCUUUAUUUGCUUACUUUGAUUUUAACAUAAAACCCCAUACAUUUUCAUAAUAAGGAUUGUUUAAAAAUUUGAUAUUUGUAUAGAGUUUUAUAUUUGUGGGAAUGAUUUUAUUAUGACAAGUAGUGGAUUCAAUCAUCGAUUUAUUCUAUCAAAUUUUAUUUUAUCAUCUAAUCGUUCAUUCAUAGAUUUUUCUAUCAGAUUUUAUUUUAUCAUAUUUAUCUCUUAAUAUCUCAAAGACAAAAUCAAAGAUUCAAUAUUUAUUUUAACCGCUCAAUCAUAGAACAUUUUCUAUCAACGAUAUUAUAAUCAUUAGAUUUAUGUAUUUUAAUAUUUCAUUCGUGGAUCAUGUUAUCAAAAUUUAUUUUAUCAUACUUGGCCUUGUGUUUUCUUAAAGGCGGAAUCACAGAUGCGAAAUUUAUUUUAAUCAUUAGAUUUAUUUUAAUGUCUGCUCAAGAUUAAUUUUUAUUUUUCACGAUAUUUUGUUUCAAAAAUUUGUACUUUCCUCCAUUAUACUUUGAUUAUAACUGUGCUUGAAAAAAGUGUUCCAAUUUUCUGCUAUAAGUUUCGGUAUUUAUGAACGAUUUUCAAGAUCAAACUUGGGUCAAGUUUAAUUCGGUUGCAUAAUAACCGAAUACUGCAAUCUUCAUGAUGUAUUCCUGUUACUGGUUACUGGAACCAAACCGAUCUUAGUUCUUUUUAAAAAAAUCGUUUAUAACUACGACCUUUCAACUACUU